UGAAAUUCUAUUAAAAGUGCAUGGUGAAUGUGAAUAUGUGAAAUAUUUUUCAAACAACACACAUUUUUUAUGAAAAAUCAUCCAUCUAUAGAUGGCCAUUAAUUAGUGUGAAAUACGAUUUGAAAAUAGACGUGGGUGCUCGAUUACCACUAAAAGCUGGAAAAUGCAUUGCCUUUGCCGACCAUCACGGAUUAUGUCCGUUCGCAUCAAUUUGCUGGAUGAAACGGAUUUUGUACAUGAAAUUAAGGAUGAUUUGCCCGGCCAGGCUCUGUUGGAUGUUGUCUUUGCCAGACUGAAUUUAAUUGAAACAUCAUUCUUUGGCAUCCGCUAUAUAGAUGAGGAAAAUCAAACGCAUUGGCUGGAUCCAGCUUCCCGCAUUUCACGUCAAUUAAAACCCAAAACAGAUGCAUACGAUUUAUAUUUUGGGGUGAAAUUUUAUGCUGCCGAUCCCUGUAAAUUAGUGGAGGAAAUUACGAGGUAUCAAUUGUUUCUGCAAGUCAAACAGGAUGUGCUGCAGGGUAGACUGCCCGUUGCCUUCGAACUGGCCGCUGAGUUGGGAGCAUUUGUUGUGCAGUCUGAACUCGGUGAUUAUGACCAAAGACGCCAUUCCAAGGGCUAUGUGUCCGAAUUUCGUUUGCUACCCAAUCAAAGUAGCGAACUGGAAAAUCGAGUCUCAGAACUACAUCAACAGCUGAAGGGUAUGUCACCAGCAGCUGCUGAGCUCAAUUAUUUGGAUAAGGUGAAAUGGCACGAUAUGUAUGGUGUUGAUCUACAUCCGGUGUUGGGCGAAGAUAGUGUGGAAUAUUUUCUUGGUCUAACGCCGAGUGGAAUUGUGGUGCUGCGCAACAAAACAACCGUGGCUCAUUAUUAUUGGCCACGCAUAGCUAAAGUCUAUUACAAAGGACGCUAUUUUAUGCUAAGGAUAAGUGAUAAAAAUAACGAGUUAAGCACCUAUGGCUUUGAGACACCUCGCAAAUCAGCCUGCAAGCACUUGUGGCGUUGCUGUGUGGAACACCAUGCGUUUUUUCGUCUGAUGCGAGUUCCGCCAUCAUUACCAAAUUCACCGUCAAAUACUUCAGAUAUUUUUCAAUUGGGCUCGAGACUGAAAUGCAGCAAGGACAAAUCAUCAAAAGACGCCCUUUUCAUAAAUCGUUCGCCACCUGCAUUUGUGCGUGUCCCCUCAAAACGACAGCCGCGACGAAUUAUGGAUGACUUUUUGAGCGGUUGCAAGAAGACGGAUUUUGGAAGUUCUGCAUUUUUAAAUGCCAAAAAUGUGAGCAACUAUGAGAGUCCCUAUCGUUCCACAUACAGCAUACCAACUAGUCUGGGCAUUAAUCCGUAUCACCAUCCACCGUCACAACAUACAAUGCCGCAUAGUCAAAGUAAUUACAAUAACAAUGGAGGUGGCAGCCUCAUAGGCAAUGGUAAUGGCAAUAAUAAUCACAUGCAGCCCCCCGACUCACCGCGCAGCACCCGCAGUGCCCCUUGGCCAAGAACGCAACAACGAUCGCUCUUUGGCAAUAAACCGUCCAGUCCACGUUCUGUGCGUUCGGCCAGCACCACAGGUGGUGUUGGUGGCAGUGGUGUUGGUGGCAGUGGUGUUGGUGGCGGUGGUGGUGGUGGAGGCAGUGGUGUCGGAACCAAUGGUAGCCAUCAUCAUCAUUCACAUCACACCCAUUCGCAUUCGCGAUCUUCGCAACGUGAUCAUGUAUCGUCAUCAUCUGCAACGCAUCAGCAGCGCUAUCGAUCUAGUUCAGUGGAAAGUCAUUCUUCAAAUGAUUCACGUUCAACGCGAAGGCAUAAGCAUCGUCAUCGCCGCACUUCAGAUAAUGAGAGUGAAUUAUCGCGUGGGUCUGGACGUUCAGCGCGUUCGCAUCAUCGCAAGCAUCGUAGGUCACGUCAUCGACGUGAUUCAGGUGGCUCUGAUCAUGAGAGUACACGAGGACGCAGCUAUUCGGGUCAUCGUUCAUCGGCGGCACGUAGUGCCAGUGCUGUGGGCUCCCAUUCAGAGCUGGUCGAUUCGAGCACUCAAUGGCGUGAGGCUCAGAGGAGGCAACAAGAAGCUAGUCUAGGCCAAAGUUCAGUGCAACAGGCCUCGGUAUCGAAGAGCAGCAUGGUGGCACGUAGUCUGCACAGCAAUGAUUCGCAUUCGGACACGCAUUCGCAUCAUAAGUCAAGGAGGCACAAAAAGAAUAAAUCUCCCUCCGAUUCUCGCACUCGCAUCUGGAACAGUGAAUUAGCCAAACAUUUGCAAUUUGAUUUAGUCGAUACUGCCGGCAUGACCGAGGAUCAAUUGCGUGAAAUACCCUACACGGUGGUGGAGACCACCUCAAAGCGUUCCAAUUCGAAUAUACGCAUCCAUAAGAGUAACAGCAAAAAUAGUGUGGGUGGCAAGAGUACAGGCUCCGGCAAUACCAUUACCAAUGGUAGCGGCUCCAUUAGUGGCCAUGGCAAGAAUCGUGUGGAUCGCAUUAGAGGCUUAUGUUACCAAAAUUCUAAUCCCAAUGAUAGUAAUGGUGCCAAAAAUGGUUCGAUACGUUCGGCCAGUACAAUAUCAUCGAGGGAAUGUGAUCGAAAUAGUGGACUAGUGCGCAUGAUGUCCAGCAUGAGUAUGGGUGAUUUUAUAUCGCCAACUGGUUCUAAUCUAAGCCCCAUGGAGAACUCUGCGCUUAGGGUAUCACAUGAGCAUACCGACUCUGGCCUGGGAGCCGAUCAGGAUUAUGCCUAUUCAUCUGAAAGAUCAAGUGAUAGUACACGCUAUGGUACUAACAAGUCCUCGGGGGCAUCCAGUGGUAGCCAUCGUAAAUCCUCUAUUAAUGGAGGUGGUAAUUCCCAAGCUUACAACAGCCUCAUGCAACAGACUGUGAGUAAUCAAAAACAUCAUCAGCAACAACAGCAGCAGCAGCAGCAUCAACAGCAACAGCAACAAAAUCGACAAAAUUCAUUUUAUGGCAAUAGACGCCAGGACCAAAAUCCUAACCAACCAAAGCCAAAUUACAGCAAAUACCCCAACCCAACUAACCAGCAACAAUCACAUCUGCAACAUCAAUCCGUUAAUUCAUCCUGCGGUGCGGCGGCAGUUAAUAGCCAUCUAGUAACGCCUCCCAACCAGACACAGGGUGGCUGCAAACAGGCCAAACCAGAUGGAAGUAAUGGUGGUGGCGAGAAAUCAAUACCCAGUCAUCGUCUAUUGAAUUAUACCACUUUCGAGAACAAUCAAUACAAGUUUAGCCUCAACAAUGCUGGUCGCUCCAUAGCCACCCCCAUAGGUGGCUCCGGGGGCAGCAAUGGUAGUAUUAGUGCCAAUAGUAGUAAUAGCGGUGGUGGUGGUGGUGUUGGUGUCGGUAUGGUCGGCCUAGCUGCCGGAGGUUCUCUAACUAAUACAAGCCAUCAUAUGAUGGAUCAUUUUGUCGAAUGGCCAAAUACCCCAGCUGCCCCCUAUUAUUAUCAGGGACCCUCUUCAGUGUCCGUGCAUGCCAAGAAACGCGAUGCCAAAUCAGAUUUGGGAGUGCCCACGCGUCGUUUGUCGGGUCAGGCCAUAACCAAGACCCAGCUCUUGACAGGAGGCGGCAAUUAUCCGCCCUUGGGCAGUAUGGGUUAUCCGCUAAUGGGUCCCCAAUACCCUGGCCUAGGUUAUAAUCCUCGUUUACAUCCGGCCAAAUCGGAUCUUUUCUUGGCCUAUCCCACUAGCAAUGAGUACGAGCCACCCUUUAUAUACAACUAUAAAAUGCCUCACAUGCCGGAAUUUGUGAGAAAUACAGGCAAGCCUCAGCAACAACAGCAGCAGCAACAACAACCACAUUCACAGCAACAAUCGCAAACUGGGCCCCAGCCUACGGCCUAUCAUAUUUCAGGGGCCCAGACUGCUGAUCCAUUGCCCUGCAACCUAUACAAACCAAAUCCUUCUUCGAAUGUUGCAACCGGAAAUGGAAAUCUGUAUGCUGGUGCUGCCCCAGCCACAGAUGUCAUGUAUUAUCAAUUUGACAAUGGUUGCGUAGCACCUCCCACAGCCAAGAGUCAGCCCAUAGUGCAGCAACCCAAAGCCAUAGGCCUUGGGCCCAAUAACGCAGGAUCACCUGCCCACAAUAUGGGUCCCUUGGUCUUCUUGCAGCAUCAGCAACAAUCGCAUCAACAGCAGCAGCAGCAGCAACAGAAUCAAGCCAAUAACACAGUGACAUCCACAACGAAUGCAUCGAUGCCCCAGACCAGCACAAUCGUAGGUGAAAUGAGCACAGAAUUGUGAGAAUUAAUGAAUUUUAAUUUGCAACAACCGGCUCCACAAUUGGUUCUGCCCC